CGUGGCUCUGUUUGUGUUUGUACAAUGUUUGUACUAUUUUAGUUUUUCUUUAAUUUUACAGGUGAUGUUAUCUAUCAAAUAUGAAUGAAAAUGACGGAAAAGAAUUUGCAGAACUUGGUGUUAAGCAGUGGCUUAUUAAACAGUUGUUUACAUUGGGAAUAAGAGCACCAACACCAAUUCAAAAAGGUUGCAUAGCACAAAUACUAGGUGGACAUGACUGUAUAGGAGCUGCCAAAACGGGUUCUGGGAAGACAUUUGCAUUUGCCUUGCCAAUAUUGCAACAUUUAGCUGAAGAUCCCUAUGGCAUAUUUGCUUUAGUGCUCACUCCUACACAUGAACUGGCUUAUCAGAUAGCAGACCAAUUUCAAAUACUAGGACAGCAGUUAAAACUAAGAGUAUGUAUAGUCACAGGAGGUACUGAUCAGCUUGAAGAGUCCUUGAAACUAGCCAAAAGGCCACACAUAGUUGUAGCUAUGCCUGGUCGACUAGCUGACCAUAUUACUGGCUGUAACACAUUCAGUUUGAAGAAAAUAAAGUAUUUAGUCUUGGAUGAAGCUGACAGGCUCUUCAGUGAAUCAUUUCAAGGCGAUCUGGAGACAAUAUUCGAGGCUCUACCGCAGAAACGGCAGAAUCUUUUGUUUUCUGCGACCAUCACAGAUGCUGUCAGGGAGUGUAAACCUCUUCCCUUGAAUAAUGAUAAACUUAUAACCUGGUCUGAAAGCGACCCGCAGUUGACAGUCACAACCCUCGACCAGCGUUACGUGGUGUGUCCCGCGUAUGCCCGGGACGUUUACCUCGUACAGACCCUCAGAAAGUACAGAGAAACUAAAGCAAGUUCGCAUGUCAUAGUCUUCACUGAUACUAAGAAAGAAUGCCAAGUUCUAUCGAUGAUGCUCAACGCGAUCGGGAUGGACAACGUGUGUCUGCACGGCUUCAUGCGGCAGAAGGAGCGCGCGUCUGCGCUGUCGCAAUUCCGCAGCAACCUCAAAUGCACCCUCAUAGCCACCAACGUGGCUGCGAGGGGGCUGGACAUUCCCUCCGUGGACCUGGUCGUCAACCACAAACUGCCCUUGGAGCCGCGCGAGUACAUCCACAGGGUAGGCCGUACGGCGCGGGCAGGUCGAAGCGGAAUGGCAGUAUCCCUUAUAACACCUUACGACAUAUUACGGCUUGGCGAAAUCGAAGAGCAGAUCAAAACGAAACUCAGCGAGUACAAAAUCGAUGAUGACGAAGCAGUGAAAGUGUUCACGACCGUCAGCGUGACUCGCCGAGAGCAGGAAGCUCAGCUGGACAACGAGGAGUUUGAGCAGAGGAAGAGGAACUACAAGAUCAAGAGGUGGAUCAUGGCCGGGGUCGAUCCGGACGCUAUGGAAGCGGGGCUGGAGGAAAUGCGUCGUAAACGAAUCAAAACCGCGAAAAAAGCUAAGCUAGCUAAAAUCAAAGAAAUCCAAGCCCGUAUAAAGGAUGAGGAAGCGAGGCAAGAUGAUCCGAAAACAACACCAACGGACACGGAUAAUAUCGACGCCACUAUAAAAAAGAAUAUGAAGAAAGUCAACAAAACACUGAUGAAGAAGGACGAGAGGUUUAAGAAUGUGAUCGGGAAUUUAAGCAAAAUCAAGAGGAAAGCGGAGAAUGCCAAACAGAAGAGCUUAAAAGAGGAGGAAGAACCAAGGAAGAAGAAAAAGAAACUUGUUAUUUAAUAAAUGAUGUUAUAAUUU